AUGAUUAAUGACUCGAUAAAUGAUCAGUACAAGGAUGACAUCUCUGAAUAUGAACAUAUGAUGCGAAAUAUAGCGCCAUUUAUAGAUGCAUCAAUUCAAAAAGUUCCAGAUUAUCGAGUUCGCUAUUUUGAGAGUACACUUCAAGCCACGGCAAUACAUCGUAAUCUGGGUGGAGAUCACACUGAACAUGCUCGAAUGGGAUAUAGAGUUGAUGUUCUUAUUAAAAUGGUUGGACACCUUAAAGCUCAGAUUGGAAUUACGCGAUGUGUGGACUUAGCAAAAGACCAACUGAACGGAGUUAAUACCAGCAAUUUGGUUGUGUGGGGUUUUACGGUUGUUGCACGUUCAAUUCGAAUUUAUGCACUUGCUGUCGCUAGGGUUGGUAAAAUAACCGUUAGUUAUGAAUUUGGUUAA